AUGUCUAUGGAGAAAGUUGAGGUCAAAACUCUAGACGGCAUCACCCUUCGUGGAAAUCUCUCCCUUGCGAAGACAAGGGGACCUGCCAUCAUCCUAGGACUUGGUGCACGUUUUCCCGAUCUUGAUAUAGAAAUCUCAACUGUGUCAAAGAAAUGCUUCACUCCUCUAAUUGCAAUCCAAUUCAAGCAAAACGGCAUAACCGCUCUGGUCUACGACCUACGUUCACUUGGUGAGAGUGACGGGCUGCCCCGAAAUGAGUUUGACCCAGCCAAGCUUGCGGAGGACUACUCCGACGCUUUGACAUUCAUCUCCACGUGUAGCGUGGUUAAUCCAAGCCAAAUCGGGUUCUGGGGCAUGUCUUUCAACGGAGCCAUCGCUCUCGCCGCCGCCGUUCUGGACUCGCGAGCGAGGUUUGUCAUCGCCUGUUGCCCGUGGGCGAGCUAUUUCGCCAAAGAUCGCAUUUCCCAGCUCUAUACAGCUGCUGUUAAAGACCGUGUGUCCCGACUCCGUGGAAAUGAACCGUCACGUGUGCCCGUCUGGACGGAGAAAAGGAGCCCUGUUUUUGGCGUGCCCGAUUCAGAAGGCCGAAAAGCCUAUCAACUGGUCUUAGCCGCGAUGCGCUCUGCCCCGCGCUAUGACAACCAUGUGGCCCUUGCAACCCCGUAUCUUGACCAUGAAUUCACAGCGCCGGUCAUGGUACUGGUGCCUGAGCUCGACGAGGUGUCGCCUCCAGAGCAGCAGCUGAAGCUCUUCGACCAGAUUAAGGGUCCCAAGGCCUCUCUACACCUGGCGAAAGGAAGGAACCAUCUAGGUCUACUCACCGCUCGUCAAGCCGUCAAGGCUCUCCGCAUUAACACACGCCCUGCUGCGGUAACAGCAGCAUCACGGCCAGCGGUAGCGAACACUUUCUUCCGCGGUCUCUCGUCGACGGUUCCCCGUGCCAACGAUGACAAGUCGAAGGCAGCAAAGGAUCCCAUCUUGGCCGCUACCAACAAAGCCCCUGAGGGUGUAUUGGACACGGAGGGUCGUUUCGCUCGUGUCGAUGAGAGUUUGCAGAUCGAAUACCCCGAUGAUGAGAAUAUGCCUCGCAGUCCUAUCGUUCAGGGCCGCGGAGGAAUGCACUUCAAGCGUACCCUGGCUCAAUUUUCCCUCGAGAACAAGGUUACCCUGGUGACCGGAGGUGCCCGUGGUCUCGGUUUGGUCAUGGCUCAGGCGAUCGUUGCAUCGGGCUCGGACCUUGCAAUUGUCGAUCUUAACAAGGCGGAGGCUGAGGAGCAAGCCCAGAAGUUGGUUGAGCAGUUCAGGAAGGAGAACCCCGGCUUGGAACAAAUGCCAAACGUCACCGCCCACUACGCUGAUGUUUCCGACCCUAACUCCGUCAACGAUGCUCUUUCCGAUAUUAUCUCCAAGCACGGCAAGAUCGACAACCUGGUCACCUCCGCCGGGUUCACCGAAAACUUCGAUGCCAUCUCCUAUCCUCACGACCGUCUGCAGAAGCUUUGGGGCGUUAACGUCGAUGGAACAUACCUGUUUGCGACCGGUGUUGCCAAGCACCUCAUGGAGCGCAAGGUUCCGGGCAGCAUUGUCAUGAUUGGUAGCAUGUCUGGUGCCAUCGUCAACGUGCCCCAGCCUCAGGCUCCUUACAACGCCGCCAAGGCCGCUGUUCGGCAACUGGCCGCGUCCUUCGCUGUCGAAUGGGCCGGCCACGACAUCCGUGUGAACUGCAUCAGCCCUGGAUACAUGCUUACUGCCCUGACCCGCAAGAUUUUGGAUGAGAACCCCGAAUUGCGGGACAAGUGGAUCUCCCUCAUCCCCACCGGCAAGAUGGGGACUCCCGAGGACCUGAUGGGUCCCGUUACCUUCCUGCUCAGUGACGCCUCCAAGUACAUGACCGGGGCCGAUAUCCGCGUUGACGGCGGCUACACCCUCACCUAG